GAAAUGACAAUCCACCCUGGUUAGCACCCACGAUCAAGAUGCCAACGCAAAGGUUCCCCACCGAGAUCCUUCUCAUGGUGGUUGAGUCCCUAGUCUCCAGAAACUCGGACGAGAUCUAUCCACCGUAUCAUCCAGUCACCAAAUCGCUCGUCGCCUUUACAAGAGUUUGCCGAGCAACGAAUCCACCCGCCUCCAAACUGCUUUGGCAAUUCUGCCUCUACAUCAACUCGAAGACCAGAGCCGCGAGUUUUGCGGCGUCCUUAAAAUCGGCACCCCUUGAAAAGAUCUUUUCAACCCAUCUCCCGGCGAGGCUCUUUCUUCGGCCAUUCCGUUCUGAAUCCGAACGAGGUCGUGCCCGGCCGCUUCCAAUUGAUGCUAUCGAACCCGAUCAGGAGACAUCACCGAGGUCGUCUUCGACUAGCUCGGCUAGCCUGCCAACCCACACAUACCUGUCCGUUUCGCCUCUUGAAGAUGUUCCAACUGCUAUCGUCGUUCGAGAUAUUCUUUUUGCGCUAGCCCCGAUACUGCGAUCUCUCGUCAUUGAUAUGCCACUACGGACACUCUACCCAUAUUAUGACAAAGGGGGAGUCCGGCCGAUCCUGAGAGAUGCGUUCGAAGCUCUCGUAAACCUAGAAGACUUCGUCAGCAUUCGCGAUGAACUUUUUCUUGCCACAGAUGACGAACAAGACGAACCUGAGGUUUGGGCAGAGUGUUGGCCGAAACUGCGACGACUUGCCCUUUACAACCCGAACAUGGAUAUGGGAGGUGAUAUCUGGGUAGACAUGGCCAGGCUUCCUCACUUGGAACUUGGUAUCUUCGCUAGGGCUGACAUGCAUGGUAUUGAUGGGUUCACGGUAAAGCACGAAUGGGUAAACGCAGUGCUUGGCACCCGAAAGCGAGCGAGAUUGGACUUGGAUCCGCAGAGGGAUCCAAGGGAAAUCUCACUGGUCUUCCUCGAAGACUUUUAUUCAUCAGUGGACUUUUCGGAUUCUGCGUAUACCCCAGAAGCGCUUGAUCCGAACCAUUGUGUGGACAUACGUGUUCUGAAGGUUCCAGAGGAAGAAUCACACAUGACUUCAUAUGGUGAGCCCAAUCCUAUUGCUUCCUGCCAGAGUUGGCUGAAGGCUCGAGCCGCGAAGGGUACACUAUGGGCAGAGGCAUUAGCUGGGCGUAGAUAGUUCACGAGAGGACGGCUCCAGUGCAACGCAACGGCUGUCAUAUAUAGCAUAUUUGGUCUAAUUUACAGAACGAAGAUUUCCAGAC